CUAAAAACGGGUUUUGACUGUAACAUAUAUACAUAUGUAUAAGAAUGCAAGAUUUUUCAAAAUAACUUUAUGACGUUUAACACUUACCGUGCUACGAAUGUAAAAUUACGUUUUCCAAAAUAUCUUGUUAUCUUUAGUUUUAAAACGUAUCAUUACGUGUGCAGCAAAACGUGAAAGAAUUAUUUGUGUUUAUUAGUUCCUAUUUUGACCAUUAGAGGGCAUAUUAAUUUCAGAAAUUUAAACGAAGAAUUCGUUGUUAAGAUUGCUUGAACAGUUCUAUUUCGAGUUCGGUUUUUGUUACGGUUGUUAUACUUCGGCUUUUUUAUUUCAUUUAUUUUAUUAUUUUUUCUCAGAAAGUAUUAAAUAUGGCUCAAAGACGUAAUGAGGAGGAUAUUUCUCAAUUUAUUAAUGAAGAAUUAGACAAAUAUAGUGAUGAUGAAACUGAUAUAAGUGAUGAUAGUGAUAGUGAAUACAUUUUAGGCUCAUCUGGAAGUGAAGAAAGUACAGGUAAUCCAUAUAAUUCUAUUUUCUUUGAAGAUAUAUAGUUUAUAAAGUAUGUGAUAUUAUAUUUUUAUAUUAUUAGAUCAAGAGUCAGAUUCGUGUAUGUAUGGCAGUGUAAGUUCCAUCCCUUCUACAUCUGCUUUACCAUCACAUCCAUGAAAGAGAGCUAGGGUGAAUGCACAAUCUACUAGUGAUAUGGACUGGAAAGAUGUGGAUCAGGUACCAAAUAUUACUGUGUACACUGGUGAUCAUGGUCUUCAGAAGAAUAUUGGCCUUGAUCAAACUAGUGACCCUAUUGAUUUUUUUAAUCAUUAUGUUGAUCAAGAGGUCAUUUCAAAUAUGAAAGAGAAAACAAACAUGUAUGCAAGGCAGAAAAUUAUAGCUUAAGUCCCAAUUCCAGAUUUAGAUUGUGGAAAACUCUGACUUUGGCAGAAACAAAAAAAUUUAUUGCAAUUAUACUGCAUAUGAGCAUCAAUGAAAAGUCUGAUUUGAUAAGCCAUUGGAGUGAAGACCCAGUAAUAAGUUGUAAUUUUUGUCCUAAUAUAAUGUCAAAGGAUAGAUUUUUGAAUAUUUUGUGCAUGUUUCACCUGAAUGACAAUUCUAAACAGAAAAAGAAAGGAGAAGAAGGCUUUGAUGCUUUAUACAAAGUGAGGCCUCUAAUGGAUAAUAUAAUAAACAAAUUUCAAAAAACAUAUUAUCCUGAAGAGGCUCUGACAAUUGAUGAAGGCAUGUAUCCAUUUAGGGUUUGUGUCAGUUCCAAAGUUUACAUGGCAAAGAAACCAAAUAAAUAUGGAAUAAAGUUAUAUAUAUUGGCUGAGGCCAACACUGGUUAUAUUUGGAAUUUUGAAGUCUAUCACGGCAGAGAACAAAAUAUUGAAAACACAGCUGCUUCUGUAGUAAAAAGAUUAGUCGAUCCACUAUCAAAUAAGGGUCAUACAGUAUAUGUUGACUGGUUUUAUACCAGUAUUUCACUUGCAGAAUAUUUGAGUGAAGUAGAUACUGGGAUGGUAGGAAAAGUAAUGAAAACUAGAAAAGGUCUGCCAACAGCGCUAAAAGAAGCGAAAUUGAAAAAAGAAGAGCAAACGUUUCGCCGUAAAAAUAACAUAUUAGCUAUACGAUGGAAAGACAAAAGAGAUGUAUAUAUGAUAAGUACCAGACAUGCAUCAAGUUCAAAGGAAAGGGUCAACAUGGUGAAGACAUAA